AUGUCAAACUUGGCUCAUGUGGUCUCUUGGUGGAAGGUGGACAAUAUGCUGUAUGUACUAAUUACCGCACAUUCAGAACUGGUACAAAUGGAUUUGGCUUCCUGGGUUGUACUUCGACGUUAUAUUGCCAUGCCAGAGACAUCCACAAUCUACAGACAUUUCAAGAGACAAAUACCUUCACUCAUACCAUGCAAUAUUGGUCGUACCCUGACAGCUGGGGCUUUUCUCGAGGAGGCCAACCUGAUGAAGACAUUGCUGCACGAUCGCCUGGUUCGCCUGCAUGCGGUGGUAACCCACGGAGAGCCAAUAUAUAUCAUUACUGAGUACAUGCAGAAAGGCAGCCUGUUGGAUUUCCUAAAGAGCGAUGAAGGAAACCAACAGCCCCUGCACCAACUCAUCGAUUUCUCUGCUCAGAUUGCUGAAGGAAUGUGGUACUUGGAGAAAAAAAAUUAUAUUCAUCGUGACUUACGAGCUGCAAAUUGUCUUGUGUCUGAGUCCUUGGCAUGCAAGAUUGCAGAUUUUGGUUUAGCAAGAGUAAUCGAGGACAGCGAGUAUACUGCCAGGGAGGGUGCCAAGUUCCCGAUUAAAUGGACAUCUCCAGAAGCUGCCAAUUAUGGCUCGUUUACCAUAAAGUCAGACGUUUGGUCUUUUGGGAUCCUUAUGAUGGAAAUCAUCACUUACGGGCGGACUCCUUAUCCAGGUAUGUCCAAUCUGGAGGUAAUCACAGCUCUGGAGCGUGGAUAUCGGAUGCCGUGUCCUCAGAAUUGCCCAAAGGAGUUCUACAAUGUAAUGUUGCAGUGUUGGCAGCAAAUCCCAGAGCAAAGACCAACAUUUGAAUAUUUGCAGGGCGUCCUUGAAGAUUUUUUCACAGCCACUGAGAGCCAGUACCAACCCCAACCCUGAGCCUAAAAUCACCAUCCCAUAUGGACAACGUAAACGCCAAUCCUGCUAUUUCCAUCUGCUGUGACACUUUGAGAUUCUAAUAGAAACUUGUUGGUCUUGCGAUGACCUCUCUUCUGGUAGUUCUCCAUGCCAAAUCAGCUCCGUUAACCCAACAUCUCCUUUAUUCUGCCUGAGUCUUUGUAACAGAAAUCUGCACCUACGGGACGCUUUCAGCAUCAACACAAUCUGUGAUUUCCUGACACAGGGAAUGAUGUGCAUUCACACCAUGUUUUUCCUAACUCCAAUCACUUCCAAAGCAAAUGGACAAAAUCAUGGCUGUGGAUACUUAAAGCUUAUAUCAUGCAAGCAGGAAAGAGACAGCGCAAAACGUGUGAUCUCCACUGGACUCAGAACCAUUCUCUCUACCCGCUAAUCCUCCCAAAAAUUGUGAAAAAAUGUGACACAAAAUACCCAUCAGGUUCUUCCAUAAAUGCACUAAUUAUAUGUGUCUGUCAUGCCUAGAAAACCAGUAGUAGCUAUAGCUUUAAGAGAUCUUUUCCAUUGGUUUCUAUUAGGACUAACGCAGUGUCUGCUAUAAAUCUCAUGUGCUAUAUUUAUUGUGUGACUAAUGCACCGUGAGUUUCAAGGGAAAACGUUCAGUCUGGCAGAUUUUGCUGAGCGGUUAAUUUCGGUUACAUAAUGCGGAAAGUGAACGUUGUAUGAACACUUAUUAUAUUACUGGAUUUGCACCAGA